CGUAGAUUUGCGGGAAUAUUCGAAGCAGGUAGAAACGAAUUUGAAAUUGCUCGAAAGCGAAACUUUGCAAAGCUGUAAGUUCACGAUGCUGUCCUCUUUAGAUCAGUAUGAUCUCAUUUUAGAUAUCGACAAUGCUGAAAAGAUCGCGACGUUGCAUAAUAAAAUCCUCGAAUUUGAUAACACCUUGGCAAAUAUCGAGCAUUUACUUGGCGCUUUCAAGUUCAAUCUGAGCAGCAUUAGCAGCGAAAUUCAAUCUCUACAGGCCGAUUCGGUUUCAAUGGCGCUCAAGCUGAAAAACCGACAGGCGGUUCGGGGAGAGCUGUCACAGCUGAUAGAUGAAGUUGCAGUAAGCGAUGAAUUGAGC